UGAAAUAGUAAAGGUUAUGGAGAUGUUUUUAAUGUUUAAUAAAAUUGUAUUUUAAAAAAACUUGAUAAUAUGUUUGCCGAAAAAGCUUUAGAGCUAUUAAAAGAACUAAAUAGAAAUCCUGACAAUUUGCCACCAUUUAAUGAUGAUUUAGUUCGUCAAGUUCUUGAAGAAAUGAGAGUUUUGUAUAAUGAGAAUCAUCAAGAUGUAACAAAUUCAGAGUCCGAUCAAUUUGCUGCAACCGUUAAGAUUCGACAUUUAGCAAUUAAACGAAAUAAACGUAUUUUAUUAUCAUAUUAUUUUAAUCGUAUGCAACGUAUUAGGGCAAUGCGUUGGCAAUUUGGUAGUAUAUUACCGCCGGAUGUUAAAGAAAAUUUAUCUGUGUCCGAACAAGUCUGGUUUAAUAAUUAUUCAAAAUCAUUAGCAAAAUAUAUGCGUUCGGUCGGUGACGAAGAAGGUUUAGAUUUAAUGCAAGACAUGAAACCACCGAAAUCAUUGUAUAUGGAAGUUCGAUGUCUAAUUGAUUAUGGUAAAAUUGAAUUGGAUGAUGGUACGUCAGUAUUAUUAAAAAAGAAUACUCAACAUUUAUUACCUCGAGCCCAAUGUGAAACAUUGAUUCGACAAGGUGUUUUAGAGCAUAUUUUAUAAGAAAAUUUAUUUUAAUCAAAUACUGUUUGUACGAGUGAAAUUAUAG